AUGAUUCCUAUGAUUGAUAUCGCGAAGGUUACCGCACCAUCUCUGCUUAUGACCCUAUACUUUUGGGAUUACAGAGACCGCAAAGAGACAGCACGAUAUGCCAGCCAAUACAAGCCAUUUGCUAUCAAGACAGACGAUGCUACCUUUACGCCUAAUGAUGUAAGCGUCGUUGUACCAACCAUCGAUUGGGAUGAAAGUACCCUACCGGCCAACAUCAAGACUUGGAUGAAGAACAAGGUUCGCGAGAUAAUCUUCGUAACGGUUCGACGCGACGCAGAGAAGCUUCGUGAGUUUCUUCGCACGACCCCGUGCCUCGGAGAUAUAAGGAUGCCCUGCGGCGGGCUCCCGAUACCGGUCAAGGUCGUUACCGUAGAGCAGGCCAACAAGCGUAGACAGCUCUGCCGUGGCUUCAAUGAAGCAGAAGGCGAUAUCAUCGCUCUGGUUGACGACGAUGCUCACUGGAAGACAGACCGAACCAUGAUAAACUUGCUUGCCCCUUUCGAGUACCAGAAUGUCGGACUUACUGGGGGGCCUAUCACGUCGUACGUACCCGAGGAACGUCAAAACGAGAGUGUUAUCACCGGUUGGGAGGUUGCCGCUCUUCGUAUUCGUCAUAGAAGAAGGCCUGGUAUGGCGGCGUUCUAUGCUGCUGAUAUGUCAACGAACUUCACGAUAUCGGGCCUCACGAUGCUGAUGCGGGCAAAAAUUGCUCGGGAUCCUUACUUUCAGUACCUGUUUAUUAACGACACCUGGGCCGGUGUAAAGGAGAACUCCUCGGACGACGCAUGGAUCACUCGCUACAUCUUAUUCCAGCACCAUUUCCCCAACCGUGAAUACUCCACAAUCGAGCCGACGGAAUGGAAACUAGGAAUGCAGCUGACUGACGACGCGGAAGUGCAAACCGCGCUCCUACCGGAUAGCCGUUUUGUUGGCCAGUGUAAGAGAUGGUAUAAAAGCGGUCUUCGCCAUCGAUUGAACUGCCUGCUUUACGAGCCAGGAAGAGAAAAAAUGACCCAAACUGCACCGUAUAUGGCACGGAAGAUGCUCGGGGGUAUGCUGAAUCCUAUUUUUACCUUUAUCCGCUUUGUACUGUGGUGCCUUCUGAUAUGCUGGUACCCUACAAUAGCCUGCAUUGGGGGUAUGUAUGUCUUGUAUGCCUGGAUAAAGAGCCUCAUGGCCUUCAUUGACCAGUAUCCUUAUUGUGCGUCGAAAAUUUGGGCUGCCGUGCUUGCUGACGAGCUAUACUUGAUCUCGGACUUGUAUUCUUGGGCUACCAUCAACCAGGACGCGUGGCUAAACCGGCCGAGCGUUGAUGGUACCCCUGAGUCACAGACUACCUAG